CAAUGGUUGACAGCAGUCUAGUGUCAUCACUGCAUAAUGUAAAGAUCUUGAAGCUCGUUGUCCAUGGUCUUAGGUUAAAUCAUGUCAUUGACGUGCUCCGAUGCUUUCCCUGCUUACAACAGCUUCACAUAAACACACUGACAAGCUAUGUUCCAAACAAGCAGAACGACAAUCCAGCUGCUACUACUGUUGAGUGUGUUGAUAGACAUUUAAAGCAAGUAAUAGUGAGAAAUUAUUCAGGCAAGAAACCCGAUUAUAAGUUCGCCAAGUUUUUCGUUUUGAAUGCAAGAGCACUAGAGUCAAUGAAGCUCCAUGUCCCUUUUAGCUGGAACAACGAAUGGCGCUCUAGACAACGUAUCAAGAUGGAUUUUAAGAACAGAGCUUCUCCAAAUGCUUUGAUUUGUUUUGAGGGCACCGAGUGAGCACAUGAUCAACCGCACAAACGAGGUGUCAAAUUGUGUACCCCUUUGGCACAUAAGUUAUGGUUUUUUUUCCGCAA